ACACAUUUGCUCACCACGUCUGAAAUAUUUGAUUUGCUUUUUUUUUUUUCCCUUUCCUUUUUCACAAUGUCUUUUUUUUCUUUUAAAGAUAUUCCUAUAUGAGUUUCUUCAAGCAGGAAGACAAGGAACCUGUAUUUGACAGUGUCAAAACAGUCAUAGGAAUGCUGGAAGUGUCAGCAGAGUUCGCACAGAACAUUACCUUUAAUCGGGAGAGAAUAAAGAAGGCUUUACCAGCUGGUCAUCUCGAUGCCACUACACUCGCAGAUUAUCUGGUGAAAAAGGGAAUUCCUUUCAGAACCUCUCAUGAUAUAGUCGGAAGGUCCGUUGCAUUAUGUGUAUCUAAAAACUGCCAGCUGCAGGAUCUCAGUCUUGAGGAGUUGAGAAGUAUUAAUCCGGUGUUUGACAAGGAUGUAUAUGGGUUUCUUGGAGUAGAAAAUGCUAUCAAGAAAUUCUGCUCGUAUGGUUCCACAGGUGCAGAACAAGUUGCUAGUCAACUCCAGUACUGGAUUAAUAAGCUUAACCUCAACAGAGGGAAUGACCAGUAAUGAAUGGUGCGAUGGAGGGUUUUUGAGACAAGUGUGUGCUAUAGUUGAAGAUUUGGUUCGUGAAAAAAUGGAAAUAUAUAGCAAAAGAAUCCGAUCUUCACCUUUUAAAAAAUAAAGUUUUUCGGUCACAAUUGACAUCUUUACUAUGCAAUUGUUGUUGUAUGGAAGAGCUCGAGACAUUCAUGAAUUAGUGACUCUCUCUCUCUCUCUCUCCCCGGAUGUUUUUGUUUUUUGGUUUUGACCCUUUUUGAUUUUUGGUUGGAAGCAUUGGUAUAUGCAAUGAAAUAAAGAAUUAUUUUCGACAUUAUUAUUCAAAUUUUGUCUUAAACAACUUCGUGUUUGGAUUUCUGAGGACA